CUUACAUUUAUGGUGUUUUUUUCUUCGUUUCUUUACCGUCUCUUCGACCAUCGGUUUUUCUUCGAUUUGGUGAUCUGCUCUCUCUCGGGGAAGGGGGGGGAGUGCUGAUCUUGGUUCCUCAGCUAAUUGGGUCGCUCCCAAGUGGCUGAUGGCUUCAAUUUUGCUUCCCGGAAUUCUGGGGAGCCAAAGUGGGGCAGCAAAAGGAGUGAUGGGUUUGUGAGAUGGCGACGACGAUGGGAAGAAGGGAUUUCUGAAAAGGGUUGAAUUGACACUUGUACAUAUAUAUCAGAAGUUUUACCUUUGGCCUGUUGGGUUAGUGGAUUUGAGAUGGGUGGGUGUUUUCCAUGCUUUAGAUCAUCAAACAAGGAUGGGAAUGGCGUGAAGGAAGUCGGAAAGGACUCGGUGACCAGAGCCGCUUCAGACAAAUCAAAGUCCCGGAGUGGUUCUGAUUCCAAGAAGGAUUCUAAGAAAGAACCUGCGGUUCAGAAAGACGGACCAACUGCACAUAUUGCUGCACAGACGUUUACAUUUCGUGAGCUUGCUGUUGCCACAAAGAAUUUUAGGCCAGAUUGCCUUCUGGGUGAGGGUGGGUUUGGACGUGUUUACAUGGGACGGUUAGAAAGCACAGGACAGGUAGUUGCAGUAAAACAGCUUGAUCGCAAUGGCCUUCAAGGAAACAGAGAGUUCUUAGUGGAGGUGCUCAUGCUUAGCCUCUUGCACCACCCAAACCUGGUCAAUUUGAUUGGCUAUUGUGCUGAUGGCGACCAGCGGCUCCUUGUUUAUGAGUAUAUGCCAUUGGGAUCUUUGGAAGAUCAUUUACAUGACCUUCCACAGGGCAAAGAGCCUCUGGACUGGAAUACAAGAAUGAAGAUUGCAGCAGGUGCAGCUAAAGGGCUGGAAUAUUUGCAUGACAAGGCAAACCCCCCUGUCAUUUACAGGGACUUGAAAUCUUCCAACAUCCUUCUUGACAAGGGCUAUCAUCCUAAGUUAUCUGAUUUUGGUCUUGCAAAACUAGGUCCUGUUGGUGAUAAGACACACGUCUCCACCCGUGUUAUGGGGACCUAUGGUUACUGUGCUCCUGAAUAUGCUAUGACUGGUCAACUCACACUCAAAUCUGAUGUCUAUAGUUUUGGAGUUCUGUUUCUAGAAAUUAUUACAGGACGCAAGGCUAUUGACAACACCCGAGGUCCAGGAGAGCAUAAUCUCGUUGCAUGGGCAAGACCACUUUUCAAGGACCGCAGGAAGUUUCCAAAAAUGGCUGAUCCUCUUUUACAAGGUCAUUACCCAAUGCGAGGGCUUUACCAAGCACUGGCUGUCGCAGCCAUGUGUUUGCAAGAACAAGCAGCCACAAGGCCUCUGAUAGGGGAUGUUGUUACAGCAUUAACCUAUUUAGCCUCUCAAACUUAUGAUCCGAAUGCACCAUCAACUCAAAAUGGCAGAGGUGGUCCAUCAACUCCUAGGAGCAGGGAUGAGAGAAGGAACACAGCGGAUGGGCUGGACAGUCCAGAUGAGUCUCGACAUGGUGGUCGCCAUGGAUCACCUUCAAACCAUUGGAAUUCUCCUGAUUACAGAAAAAGAGAAUUGAAUGGUGGUCCAGAUUUACGUAGGAUUGAAACAAGUGGUGGUUCUGGGAGGAGAGGGGAUGUUGAUGAAGUAAGGCACCAGGACUCUCAGAGUGACAGCCCUGUUGGUGCAGGGAGAACAAGAGAGACUCCAAGGAACAGAGAUCUAGAUAGAGAGCGGGCAGUUGCAGAGGCGAAAGUGUGGGGUGAGAAUUGGAGAGAGAAGAAGAAAAGGGCAAACACGGUGGGUAGCUUUGAUGGUACAAAUGAGUAAUUUCUGCAGAAGCCCAAGACACGUGGUUUUGGCAUUCUGAAGACAUGUUUCAAGGUUCUCUAUGUCAUCAUCAAGAGAAGAAGAGAGUACGAAAAGCUGACAUUCUUUAUUGUUCCAAUACAUGUUUGAAUGGUUCUGCAGCUUAUCAAGAGGGAAGAUGAAUGCUUCACUUAUUUGGUUAGAAGGGAGAGGUAGUUGAAGGAAUCUCAUGUAGGUAACGUGGUGCUUGCAACAUGUUAUUUUAUGUAAUUGAGGGCUUUCUUUUAAGAGAGAUUUGGUACCGGAAGAGAAGCUUGGAAGAUUGUUUUCAUUAUGCUCCCCCUACGUACAUAUUAUAUGUCUACCUGGGCAAAAAUUUAGUUGGCUUGGUUUGGUUGUUCAUUCUUCCACAUGAUGAUGCCUUUUGUACUUAACAGCUUUCAUUUCAUUUGUGUAUGUAUUUCUCACUUUCAUG